AUGGACGAUGCGCCGGGGAAAAGCGCCUGCGGCAAAUUCACGCUGCUAGUAGGGCUAGUCAAAGUCGGCCAGGAGUACGUCGGAGACGCUGAUAACGAUGAUGGAAUCGCCGCCAUCAAGGAGCGCAUCAUGCACAAAGUGCUGAGCAUAAACAACUACAUCAAGUCACUAUGUGACUUCUACGAUCGUGAGAAGGCUUCAGCUCAAGCCGGCCGCCAGACUGCGGAGGAUGUCAGCAAAACUGCGCAGCAUACGGCGAUGAACCUCGAGAAGUUCGUCUCGAGAAACGAGUUCUUUGUCUACUCCGUAUCAGUCACGCUAAACCCGCGUGUGCGAACUCCAGCAGACCUGCACAAAGACAGCGGCGAGGGCGACGGUGUAUGCACCAUCACUGUCAAGCUGCCGCGGGAGAAGCAGCGCCAGGCAUUCUACAUCCGGCUCAUGCUCAAGCUCAUAUCGAAACACUCGCUCAUGCUCAAGUUGACUCCUGAAAGGGCAACGCAGGCAUCACGACAAGCUAAAAGGGAAGGUGAUGAGCCCGACGCAUCCCCGAAGCCGAAGAACACCGAGGCACCUGCUGAGUACUUCGAUGAUGAUGACAAAGGUGACCCGCAGGGUGCACAGGACUGCCGAUAUGUCAGGGCCGGCAUGAACUCGUUCAGCUCGUACUCAUUCUUCAACCAGAGCUCGAUGAUACUCAGCAAGUAUGUCAACAGCAACGUUGUAUUGCGCGAGGACGACCACGUGAUGGCGGAGCGACUUAUGCGGGAGAAGGAAAAGAAGCGGCGAGAGCUGCAGAUGAACCGCGGAAGAACAUAG